AUGUUCGCUAAAUUGGUGAUCCUCUUCGCUGUUCUGGCGUUCGCCAUGGCUAGACCACAACUAUACUCCGGAUACGGUUACAACAGCUACGCUGGUGGUUACCCGGGCUAUGGUGGCUACUCAGGUUAUGGUGGUUACCCUGGAUACUCGGGGUACUCAGGCUACUCAAACCCGUUAGCCUACAGCGGCUAUGGUGGUUAUUCUAACUAUCCAUACAACUAUGGGUACAACGGAUAUUACUAA